UGCUUGGGGGUAAAAAUUCACACUUGCUUUCCAGAGCCUUGUCUUUCCCAGGGACCCUGGGCUCUAACCCUGGCCUCUGUUUCUGGACUUUGAUGGUGUGGGAAGGGCUGUGGAGGCCUGUGGAGGUGUCACUUCACACCUCAGGGUCCUGGAUAAAACCAGGGCAUCCUGAGCAGGAUCAUUGCAUUCACCAGACUGACACACAAGAGACAACAUGGAUAUAUCUGCUCCACAGCUCAGCUACAGCACUCAGUGCCACUGGAACUACCCCAGCUCGGAUUCUGAGUUCUACAGCAUUUCUUCACCAGAGACAAUCUCCCCGUCUUCAUCCAAUGACUUUCCCUUUUCUCCACCGUGCCACCAGCACUACACAGCCACCCUCGGGACUCACACUGGCUAUCCCGACACAGUCCAGGCUUCUAGAUCUCCCUCCUCUUCCGAGGAAGGGCUGCUCUCAGUUCAGAAGCUGAGGAAGACCAGGUCGAAGAACCCCAGCAAACAGAGACAGAGCGCCAGCGAGAAAGAGAAGCUGAGGAUGAGGGACCUGGCCAAAGCUCUUCACCACCUGAGGACCUACCUGCCCCCUUCCGUGGCUCCAGCAGGACAGACCCUGACCAAAAUUGAAACCCUUCGCCUGACCAUCCGCUACAUCUCCCACCUGUCCGAGCAGCUGGGGUUGUGCGAGGAGGCCCCGUCCCAGAGAAGAGAGUCUGACAUCACGAGGUGCCCCACUUUACCAGAGGAACUGUUGUGCUACCAGUCCAGCGCUGUGCCAGAGGGUGCAUUGCAAGAAGAGAGAAUGGGAUACUGCCAGUACAGCGCCAUGCCAGCAUGCUCACAGCAGGACGAGGGAAUGGGAUCCUGCCAGUACAGCUCCAUGCCAGCAUGCUCACAGCAGGACGAGGGAAUGGGAUCCUGCCAGUACAGCUCCAUGCCAGCGUGCUCACAGCAAGAUGAGGUCCUGGACUCCAGCACAGAGUCCCUGCUACAGUCCCCACAGUUUUCAGAUGCAACACAGUCAUGCCAGAUGUACAGUGAAGACUUCAACAGUCAAGUCCUCCCACAGGAGUUCUGGAGUUAGGAUCAAUCUCGUACAAUCACUCGACCGUUCUGAAGCAGAAGUGACCAACAUCUACUGCAUACAAUCUUCCUCUUUGUUAUUUAUCUUGUGUUAUUUCAAACGUGUAUGUUGAAUUGCUUUUUAUACUUCUUUCAUGUUCAUGAAGACUGUCCGCUUCUAAUUUAUUUAUACUCCAAAUAAUAUAUUUGAUAUCUAAUAUCUCUGAUGUAAA